UUGUUAGCAGCUGAUAUCAAUAUCAGUGGCAGUAUCUAAACAGUGUGAUAAGUUCUGCAUUAUGAAUGUUUGUGAUAUUUCUUGAAUUGAUAAGGUAACAAUUAACAUCCAGUGAACAUUGGACUGUAUUUUACAGAUAUUUAUAGGGGAAGCAUGACAGAAAUUAAUUGACCUUGACCAUGGUCUGAAGGAAGUUGAUGAUUCAACUAAACUAAAGAAUAAAAGCAAAGUCAGUUCUGUACGAUUUAGAGACAUUAAAAAUGGAGUUUCAGGGACCAAAAUUUCUACAUAGUUUAAAACUAGCUGUUUUACUAGUCAUCCUGCAAACAUUUCCGACAACAUUAUCUCAGGAAGUUACAUCAUGGACCUUCAACAUUCCAGGCAUCUCAUUUUUGUCAUUCACGCCACUUUACACAAACACGCAAAAUCAACGUAUUUCGCUCAGUUUUAGAACUAGAAAUCCAAAUAGUUUAAUUUUUUGUCACUAUUUAAAAGAUUUGGAUAUAAAAGAGUUACAACGUUUAAAUUAUCGACUAUGUGCGGAACUUCAAUAUGGAUUAUUUUUUCUAAGUUACAAACUAUUGGAUUAUGAUGAAGUUCGACUCUCAGUUGGAAAAGCUUUAAAUAAUGAUCAAUGGCAUUCCUUGAAUGUGUUGCUGAAUUCAGAUACAGGGGACUUAACUCUUACAGUUGACAAAGAAACAAAAGUUAUUUCCCUUAAACCUUAUACCCAAUAUGAUGAUUUUAGUCAACUGCUGGACUGGUCCCAGUACAAGUCAGCUAUUUAUUUUGGAGGAACAGACCCAAACACAUUAUUCUCAGAUAGUUACCCACAUUUUAUUGGUUGUUUGAGGGAUAUAAAGUAUACUAACAAAGACGAGAAACAUGUAUCGGUACCGAUUGAAACCCUGGAAGGAGUACAGGAGGGAUGUAUAGAUAAGUGUACCAACAACCCGUGUCAUCAUGGGGGACAGUGUAUUAACACAUAUAGUGAGACAAUCUGCGACUGCUUCAGUACAGACUAUCAAGGACCUUACUGUUCAGAGCUAGGACCAUCUACAGUGACACUGCGAGGUUAUGAGUGGCUGACAUACAACCUGCAUUGGUAUGACCAGAACAUACUGUCAGAAAAAAUGAGACUUAGUCUAGAGUUUAAGACAAGUAGAGGAUCUGGUGUGUUGUUCUACGCAGCUGGUGGCACCCCCUAUCAUAGUCAUGUGACAUCCUCAGUGCAUGCUGGGACAGUUCAAGUGUCUGUUGGUUUAGGAGAUGAAGAUAUUCAAGUUGAAGCUGGCAUUGGAAUUAAUGAUUACAGAUGGCAUAAUCUGACGAUUGUUCACAAUAUGAGGAAGGUGUAUGUAUAUCUGGAUGGACAGGAACAUGUUCGUGAUAUUCUAGGACCAUUUUACCACCUUGCACUUCAUCCUAAAAUAUUCAUAGGUGGAGGAGAUGACUUUGUUGUGACAAGAGGUUUACAAGUAACUCAGAACUUUGUUGGAUGUCUCAAAAAUGUGUACAUAAAUGAAGUGUCUGUGCUGCAUCAGAUGGUAGAGAAUAAUCCUGCUGUUGUUUAUCAAGGUGGUGGCUCAAUGCAGCCAGAGUAUACAUGUACUGAAGUUGUUAACAUUCCUAUAUCAUUUCCAACAUCGGCAUCAAAACUUCGUAUUACAAAAACAGAGGAGAUGAGCACAAACUUUGAGAUAGAGUUUGAUUUUAAGUCGGUACGUAAGGAGGCGGUGCUUGUGUAUAUGGACAUGGAGGAUAAAGAUUAUACUACUGGUUACCAUUUUGGAUUUAUUGAGGUAUGGUUACACCAAGGUCAGCCCAACCUGCGAUUUGUUGGCUCAAUGACUUCAGAGGAUCGUUCCCAGAACUUGAGUUUACCAAACAUUGUCAAUGAUAACAAGUGGCACAGUCUGCAACUAUCAUUUAAAGAUGGGGCAGCCAAACUGAAGGUUGAUGGUAACUCAGUAACAAGUAGAAACUUCCGUAGACCACUGGAGAUUGGAGCUAAUAUAAUUGUUGGAUAUGGUUACAAUAAAUAUAAAGACAGUGAAGGAUUUGUGGGUUGUAUUAGAACGCUGAAAGUUCAAGGUCAAGGACAGGAUGCCCUUGACCUUAUACAGACUCGGGCAGCAUCUGGGCUUAUCAUUGAUGGGUGUAACAUUACAGAUUAUUGUAAAGGAAACAGAAUGUGUAAACAUGGAGGAAUAUGCCUGUCGGAGUGGAAGGGUGUGGCAUGUGACUGUACUGAAACAUUUUACACUGGAAGGGCAUGCCAUUUUGCCAAAUACAAGGGAUCUUGUGAUGAGUAUUUCCAGUCUGGGGUCAAUGAGUCAGGGGUCAUGCUGAUUGACCUUGACGGGAGUGGAUCUAUGGAUCCGGUAUAUGCUGAAUGCAUUAUGGGAUUCGAGAAAAAUUAUGACUUCUUCGGGAAAACAGUUGUGGAGCAUAAUUUUCAACCAAAUACAACAGUUAGAGGGAAAAUGAUGAGAGAUAUGAAGAAAUAUAUUGAAUACAGGGAAAUGAAAAGGGAACAUUUAAUGAGACUUGUUACAGAAUCAGCAUGGUGUGAACAGCACAUUAGAUAUGACUGCCAGUACUCUCCUCUCAGACUGGGAAUUGAUACCUGGUUUACAGCUGCUAAUGGUGAGAUGGUAGAAUAUCUAGGUACCAAUAAUCCAGGACACUGCUCCUGCUCACUGACCAAUAACUGUGCCGGGGCUGACCGCUGUAAUUGUGAUAACAAAACAAUGAUAGUACAGUUUGAUGAAGGUACAAACACUGUAAGAAGACAAUUACCUAUAAUAGAGAUGACAAUAAAACAGGAUGAUGAUCCACUGACACCUGGUACAGGAAACAUGACUCUAGGACCUCUCAUCUGCUGGGGGAACACCAAUCAGCUACCAUCUAAAGCUGUGACAUUUGCAAGUGGGACUGGCUAUCUACUCAGUCAAGCAUGGAGAUCUGGUGACAUACGUGUAAGUUUCCGGACACAUCAUGACACGGCUAUUAUAUUGUACCAGGCUGGAACUGAAGAUAACAUCAAUUACUUCUUUGUAGCUGUUACUUCAGAAUAUACAGUGAAGUUUUACUUCCGCUGGGGUUUAAAGAUGCUCGACAUUGAUAUAACCAGCCAGGAGCCAGUUAGUAAUGGGGAGUGGCACCAGGUUUCCAUAGAUACAGACCAGUAUAAUGUCAGAUGUAUGCUUGACAUGAAUGAGAAAAUUCUCGACAUUCCGGAGGAUGUUCCGAAGGUGACGCUGUUCUCUGGUAUACUGUAUAUUGGAGGAGUACCUGAAAGUUUUGAGAGGGAUGAGAUACUAGCAGACGUACAAGGCAUUGUGGGAUGUAUGAGAGGGCUGUACUAUAACUACAAAGCAUAUGCACUUACUGACCUCAUAGACUCUACGACUGUGGAUGUAUCAGAAGAGUGUAUGGCAAGUUGCUGGCCUAACCCAUGUAAGAACGGAGCUAAAUGUGUUGAGAAAUGGAGUUCAUACCAGUGUAUCUGUGUCAAUGACUGGGCACACUCCGGUCCUAACUGUGAUAAAGAUAUCAAUAUGGAUGCUGUAACAUUUCUGGGACGUCCAGAGUCGUACCUUUAUUUUACACAAGCAAUAUACAGCCAGUUACUUGACUCUACCAUCAUAUUUAGUUUCCGAACAUUUAUGAAAAACUGUCUUCUGCUGUAUAUACAUGAUCACCUAAACAACUUCCUGCAAGUAGAAUUGUCUGAAGGGAAGAAGGUUAUAGCCAAGUUUAACAGAUAUAGUGCAGUCCUUAGUCAAACUCGCACUAUGACAGAGAAUUUAGAUGAUGGUGAAUGGAAUCAGAUAGUUAUUGAUAAUGCUGAUGGUUACAUCAAGGUGAUUGUUGAUGAGGAUAAUGAACCAUCUCGUAACUCCUACAAGAAACUCAGCCUUCAAACAUACCAACAGAAUCCAUUCAGUGAAGAAGAGAUGGUAAAGCCAGAUAGACCAGCUGAACAACCACCUGAAGGUAUACAUGUAUAUGUGGGUGGGGUGCCAGGAGAUAUGUCCACAUAUCCUACAAUCAAUGGCUGUAUACGGGGUCUCAAGAUUGGAGAAACUAUGUUUGAACUGCAAGAGGCUGCUCUCAAAAACAUAACUGUAUCACCAUUAUGUGAAGAUGGUUGUGAAACAGCACCAUGCCAUCAUGGCGGUAUUUGUGAAGAACGUUGGCAGAAUAAACAGUUUGAAUGUGACUGUACUUUCAGUGAAUAUGCUGGACCAACUUGUAAUACAGAGGCAUCCGGUUAUUUCCAAGGUGAUUCAAUCCUGCAGUACAAGUAUGAUCCUCCCAAGGCAGCCAUAGAGACCAGGACCGAGAGAUUAGAGCUUAUAUUUCAGGUCCCUGAAGGAACUACCGAAAAAAUGCUCCUCGUUUUUAUUUUUAGUGAAAGUCGAAAUCGGUACUUGACUCAUGACUUCAUUGUUGUGUAUCUGGACCCUAAAAACGGGGUUUAUCUCAGCACUAAUCAUGGAUACUCUAUACAUGGUGUAGGUAAACCUGGGAAGUUUGCUAAUGGCAGACCACAUCAACUGUUGUUUAAACGUAAUAAGAGCGAGAUGAUACUUACUGUUAGAGAAGAGAGCCAUCCUAAAUAUAGAAACAAUACUGUUAGCGUUGAUGAGGAGAGUAUAGGAAGAGUUACUGUCCCUGAUAAUGCACUUGAUGAACUGGACACAAUCAUGAUAGGAGGGAUUCUUGAUGUUCAGUUUAAUGAAAUAAAGGACACCAAUGACUACAGGAAUUACCGGAACUUCUCUGGUUGUAUGUCAGAAGUGACUUUUUACCCAGUCAGUGAUCUCCCCUUUUCUCUGCGACCAUUGAAAGAUCUCCGUGACAACAAGAACUCUACAGGAAUAGCUACAGUAUUUGGCCCUGAAGUUGUUGGAUGUAGCACCAGGGACCAAAUGGCUUCCACUACAACAACUACACAAGUACCAACCAAACCAAUCAUAGACAGUAAAAAGCUAACAAUGCCACCCUGGGACCCGGCUCUAGCAGCUAAAGCCACUUUAAUUUCAUUACACAAACAUUACAAAUUUCAGCUAACAAUGCCACCCUGGGACCCGGCUCCAGCAGAGACUCAGUUUAUUGGCCCGGCUCCUACACUACCUCAGAACAAAACAACCCCAUUAGUUACCAAACAGACAACACCUAGCACAUCAAAGGCCAUGGAGAAAGAAAUCGUUUUUGAAUCCAGAGAAAAGAAGUAUCAAGAUGAAAUCAUUGCUAUAGCCCUGUCAGUUAUUGCAUUUCUACUUAUUGUGGCUAUACUGAUUGCCAUUAUCCUGGUGAGGAUGAGAAAUCGGGAGAAAAAGAAAGAGUUAGAACAGAAGAAGAAAGAAGAGAUAGAGAUGAAGGAACAUUUUGAGGAGAAAGAUGAUCAUGUAAUAGAGAAUCACCAGAACCAGAACUAUCUGGCUAGACUAGAUGAAUUCAGUAUGGUGUCUGCCACACUUGGUAGUAAACCAGUUAAAACUGAUGGUAUGUCAACUUUUAAACCUCCACCCAGUGACUCUUCUUAUACCUACACAAGUGUGCCACAAUCAGAAGAUGAAGGACUGACAUAUCCAGAUCAGAGAUUUUAUAACAGGAAGAAAAAUCGACCAGCAUCAUCUAUAUCAGAGGUGUUAGAAUUGAUGGAGAGAAACAAAGUCUCUAAAGAUGACAUAGAAGAUUUUGAAAAUCUUGGAAAUGGACCCACCCACCCGAUCACAUUGGAAAAAUCACCAAUAACAUGUCAUGAAGAUGAUGAAGACAAUGAUGCAGAUAAUGAGUCAGAAUCUCCGUCACCCCCACCACCACUCCAUCACAUCAGUGAAUAUAACGGAGACAGCGGGUACGAGGCCGAGUCGAAACCCGAUGAAGAACAGGAAACACUCUUGAAAGACAUUUGUCCUGGAACUGAAAGUGAUGGUAGUUACCAUAGUGAAGAUGUUGCCCCUAGUGUUUCAAAAAGUUAUAAGGGAGACAACUCUCCUCCGUCUCCUUUUUCUAAAAAUAGCACAUAUAUGUCAGACACUAAUUCACCACUGUCACACUCAGACAAUGUAUCCUCGGGGAAUACGUCCCCUUCAAUAAAAAAUGAUCCUAACAUUGUGAAUUAUGGUUUCCCAAACUCACCUGUGAUAGAGAUAGGACCAGAAGUAAUCCAGCAAAAACCGAGUAUUUUAACAAAUGGUGGUGAUAAUACAUAAAAGGCAGCCGUAAUGCUGUAAAAGUGAAAAAUGUGAUGCAAUAAUUUUGUAUAUAUUCCAACAUUUAGAAAUUGUUCAUGAUAGACAGAUACAGGUGUGAAUAAAAUUCCUGGAUAAGUGAAUUUUAAUGGGAACAUAAUUAUACUGUUAAGAAAAAGACAGAAUUGACUUUUUUUGGUAGGAAGAUGAAUUUUGUGCAUUAAUGUGACCACAAAAUAAAAGGGAAGAAAAAUAAAGUCCCAAAUAUAUACCAAUUAUCUCAAACUGUUUAAUAUGGUGCAAAAUAUUUAUAUUGACAUAGGGAUUAAAAAUCCAUGAAGUUUUCAUGACAUUAUUUAUUUGUGAUUUAUAACUGUAAGCCAUUACUUUCUCUGCUGAAAUAAUGGAACUAAUAUUCCAAGUUCAUAUUUGUUGCAAUAUGUUGUCAUUUUUUUUUAUAUGUUUGUCUAUCAAGUAUGCUUGUUGUUGUUGUUGUUUUCAUUUGUUUAUAAAAAUGUGUGUUUAUUACUUUAUCACACAAUAUGUAGUAUUUUCAUCUGACAAAAACACUUCAUGAAAAUGUUUAAGACCCAUUAUUGAUACAUUCUAGUAUUGUUAUAAAAUUUUCUAAGUAUAGGCCCAUCUCUUCAGUGUUUUUCAGACAUCACUGUAUCAAGUUUUCAUGAAAA